UUCAGGCGAAGGUGUACAGAAUGUACGCGGACAUUGAAACAGGGCAGUCAAGUAAAGAGCCUCCAACAAACAAAUCGUCCGUGUUAAAGUGAAGCUACAACUGCAACAGCAAAGAAGACGUGUAUUUUGAGAGUAUUUUGGUGUAAUUUAAUCUGAGUUCCGGAUUGCAGGACUAAAACAGCCCACCACGGUUCUGUCACCAGAAUGGACACGGCUCCAGGAUAAAGUGAAUCAUGUCUUCUGCUGUUUUCCUGUCACUUUUGCUGGUGUUGUCGUGUCAACAGCAGGCGACCUCAGGCUCUCAUGUCCGCAGCAACCAGUCUGGUAUGGGAUUAGCCGGGCAGCCCUCAUCUCACCACACACUGGCUAUGAUGUUUCAAAACAGCAACGACGAUGAGUGUGAUGUUGUGAUGAACCUCAGUGCUGUAGACCGCUGUGCAUUUGUGAAGAGAACCCCAGACUGUAAGAUGGAAGAUGGCUUCAUCAACUACCUUUAUGUGGCCUUCUGUCUGCUUCCUCCCAACCUCACACCUCUCACCAUCACUUUCUGUAUUAUAUGGCUGCUCUUUCUGUUUGUCUUACUUGGACUCACAGCAUCUAAGUUUUUCUGUCCCAACCUGUCGGCCAUCUCCACAAGUCUGCACCUCACGCACAACGUGGCUGGCGUGACAUUUCUGGCUCUUGGUAAUGGAGCUCCAGACAUCUUCAGUGCCAUGGCAGCUUUCUCCCACCCACACACUGCUGGGCUUGCUGUCGGAGCCCUAUUUGGAGCUGGUAUAUUUGUUACCACAGUAGUUGCAGGCAGCGUGGCGCUGGUCAAGCCUUUUGCAGUGGCCUCCCGUCCAUUUCUGCGUGAUGUCAUCUUCUACAUGGCUGCAGUGUUUUGGACUUUCCUAAUGCUGUACAGAGGAACCACCACACUGGGAGAAACACUGGGGUACCUGAGCCUCUAUGUGGUGUAUGUAUUGACCGUUAUUAUCAGUGCAUGCAUCUACAACCGGCAAAAACAUUCGAUGAACGCGAGUGUCCGGAAUGUUGCACAUAUUCCAGAGUUUCAUUCAUCCGACUCAUCUGAUGAUGACAUUCCCUGCCUGACUGCUGGUGGGACCAUCCAGCAGGAGUAUGAGUCAGAGUACAGGCCACUUCUGCCAUACUCUGAGUCCACAAGUCAGAUCCUGCUGAGCUCUCUGAACCCGGUGGACAACAGGAAGUGGAGGAGGAAAUCAUGGAGGUGGAGAGUGCUUAAAGUACUGAAGACACCUCUAGAGGUCCUGCUGCUGCUCUGUAUCCCUGUAGUCGACCCCGAUAAAGAAGAUAAGAACUGGAGACGCCCACUAAACUGCCUCCAUCUGAUCACUGCUCCACUGGUGUGUGUGCUCACCUUCCAGUCUGGAAUAUAUGGACAUCACAUGAUCCAAGGGGAAUUUCCAAUCUGGCUGCUGACUCUGCUGCUGGGACUUUUUCUGUCUGCUAUUGUCUUCUGCACCACCACCAAUGACUGCCCUCCCAAAUAUCAUCCACUGUUUGCUCUUUUGGGCUUUGUGGUGAGUGCAGUGUUGAUCAGUACAGCAGCAUCUGAAGUGGUCAGUCUUCUGCACAUGCUCGGUGUGGUGCUUAGUCUCAGCAACACUGUGCUGGGGCUGACUCUGUUGGCCUGGGGCAACAGCAUAGGAGACUGUUUCUCCGACAUCACCAUCGCCCGGCAGGGUUAUCCACGGAUGGCCAUAUCUGCCUGCUUUGGAGGCAUCAUUUUCAACAUGCUGUUUGGAGUGGGUUUGGGAUGUCUGAUGCAGAUGGUUCAAACACACUCUGAUGUGCAGUUUGAGCCAGAGGGUUUGUUGACGUGGAUUCUUGCAGGAUCUCUGGGUUUGUCUCUGGUCCUGUCCUUUAUCAUUGUUCCACUGUGCCAGUUCCACUUGGGUCGAACCUACGGGAUCUUCCUGCUUGUCUUCUACGCCAUCUUCCUUCUCAUUGCACUGCUCACAGAGUUUGGUGAGAUCCGCAUUGUAUAGACUUGACACUGAGGCCAGUCUGAAACGAGGGCCGUCCUCCUGUAAUGCAAAAUGAAAACACUGGAACAGAGACUGUACUCAGUGCAGACAAAUGAAAACUUCUCCUUCACACAAUACUGGUGCACUAUUUAUAAAAGAAUCAACAGUACACCUGUCUGCCACCCAGAGCCAUGCUGUAGAUGGUUUGUGGAACCACGCGGGCAAAUUAAUGACAAACUACAGUUUUCUGCUCAGGGAGAGCUGAAACUAAUAACACUGUGCCUUUAUUCAGCUUCUUGUUUGUGCUGACUGGAGCUGAGAUGGUACUUUUUGAGUCUAUAGGGAAAACACAGAUUGUAGAAAUUUGUACUUCAAAACAUUGUGAAUGAACCAAAUGUACUGUAAAUCAAAUUGUUAAAAUGACCUCGUACAAAGCUGCUUUUGGAGAAUUAAAUACUUUUGGUUUGGUA